AUGGGCACUGUGUUACACAGAGUUCCUUUGGAAAAAGCAAUUUUUAUAUUGGCUGUGCUGCAGUUGCAUCUGCAUCACGACUCUUUUGUUGACUUCUUACACGUCAGAAACGUGAAUCCUCCAGCUGGCGACCAAGCAUCUCCUCCUCUGUGGAUACCAUUCAAACAAUCAGAGCUCGAGUUGCUAGCUGAUGAGACAGUGGCUGCUCUUGUGACUAUGUAUAUUGCCUACUGUCUUAAGAGAGACGGGAGCUUUGAAAGGCCCGCUCCGAGCGGCGGUUCAAGAGCUAUCCAACAGUAUAGACUAGUCUGCCUUUGCUGGUUAGACUUCACUUUAACGACAACCCUUCAACGCAUAAUCGAACAACACGAGUACGCCGUCUAG